CUUUUGGUGAGGAGCUAUCAGAUUUCGGGAACGUCAGAGCUUCAUUUCACAGGGUCCAUGGGAAUACAGCUAUACAAAUCUAUGUCGUAUAUGUCAAGAUGAAGCUCUACAGUAUUGUUUCUGUGAUUUUGGCAGUUUGUACGCAGGCGGCCGUUGCAAACGUGGAAAAGACGAUAUUCAUAGCUCCUAGUGCCCUUACGAUUCCUCUAGACCACCCCACCUUCGAGAAUCUACACCUCCAGACUCUAUCUCCAGAGAACUCGACAAUUCGAACGCAGCUGCACUCUGAGUUCCCUUCCGAUACUUACCCUCGUGGUCCAGCAUCAUGGUUCAUCCUCAGCGACUUGACGGAGGGGCAGAGGUACGAGGUUCGCAUCUGCUGGCCAGCCACCAAACCGACUUCCUUCCAUCUCGAAACAUACGAAGUAGCUGAUGUCUUCAAAAACCCGAGCCUCAUCAUGUCUCUGGCAGAGUACUCUGAGACGCAGCAGGGCAAGCCGGAGUCAGUUGGGGAUUCGCUGAAGUCCGCCAUGCGACCAACGCACGGUGCGACCGAUCAGUCAUUAUUGCUCUUGAGCAUCUCUACUGCGGCAGACUAUUAUACCACGGAUGCCUAUCUGAUGAAGAACCCGUCGCCGGUAUUCGUCGACAUCAUCCUGGACCCGUUCAUACUCAAUGUGUUCCCGCGAUCGCUUGUUCCGACAGCAGGAUACAUCACGAUUGUUGCCAUUGGAAGCUUCUUCGUGGCGCGGUUUAUGAGCAGGUUUCUGGCGAGGGUUGCGAAGACGGGUGGUCAGAAAAAGGAUCAAUAAGCUAUUUAAUUGCACUGUCUACGAAUAUACCGAGGCUGAGAAGAGGGGAGGGAAUAGCAUAAGGCGGAAGAGCCAUCAAGGGAUACGUCGGGUCGCUCAUUUUCCGAGGGAUAGUCAAGGGCAGUCGAUACCAGGUCAUAAUACCGGUUGAAUAAUUCAGGCCAUUCCACACUCAAUACCAUUCGAGGGGGGAUAUCUCUACAUCUUCAGCAGCAACCGAGAACAUUACGCCCGGCCCCAAUACCAACCAACCAUCUCCCAAACCACCACGCACAGCUCCAGAAUAGCUCUCAUUCUCACCCAGCAUCAAUCACUCCUUCCACCCACACUACCAACCUCCAUCAGGCUAUUGUGCCCAGCCUAUAACUGAGAGGGGAAAGACGGCAUUAUGCUGACCCGACGUAAGGGGUUUCACCACGUCUCAACCCCACCACGGAACCACGACUCCUGAUCGACUUAUACCCAAGGAUUUUCAAAUAUAGCGGAUUAUUUUGUUAUCACAGAUUCUCUAGUUAACAAAAAUUGUAUAUCAACGAG